GUGACAGUGACAUUUUCGCUCAUUUUUUAUAUUUUCAUUUGACUUCGCUUCGACUUCGAUUUCGAUUGCAUAACGUGAACAUUGAAGCAAAUAUAUCUUGCACCGGCAGUUACCUUAGCAUUUCAUAUUUGUAUCAUUCGAUAUAUAUAGUUGCAAGAUGUUGGCGACACGCAAUUUUGGAAACCUAAUUCGCGCUGCGGGUGCUACCCGCCUAAAACAUACAUUACCGGAGCUGCCUUAUGAAUACAGUGCUUUGGAACCGGUGAUCAGCCGGGAAAUUAUGAGUCUUCAUCACAGCAAGCACCAUGCUACCUACAUAAAUAACUUAAACGCAGCAGAAGAAAAACUUGUUCAAGCUCAAACAAAAGCAGCAGAAACAAGCACAAUGAUAUCACUUUUAAGUGCUGUAAAGUUUAAUGGAGGAGGGCAUGUAAACCAUUCAAUACUGUGGUGCAAUCUUUCUCCUUGCAAGACAGAACCAUCCUGUGCCUUUUUGAAAGCUGUUAAGCAGGACUUUGGAUCAUUGGAGAACAUGAAGAAUCAACUCGCAGCAGCUUCUGUAGGUGUGCAGGGCUCCGGUUGGGGCUGGCUCGGGUAUAAUAAGCAAAUGAAGAAAUUACAGAUUGCUACAUGCCAAAAUCAAGAUCCAUUGCAGGCAACUACAGGACUCGUGCCUCUCUUUGGUAUUGAUGUGUGGGAACAUGCUUAUUACCUUCAAUACAAAAACGUGCGCGCAGAUUAUGUAAAAGCAAUAUUCGAUGUUGCAAACUGGCAAGAUAUUUCUGCCAGAUAUGAAAAUGCUUCAAAGUGAAAUCUUUAUAGCAAUCCCACUUCAUUUAAUCUCAGCAUUUCGGUUUAAACCUUUAGAAUUAUAAUUAUGUAUAUGUGAACGACAAUCACAAAGUGCUUGUUGUAGAUUCCAGGAAACGCCUUAUAUUAUGUUAUCUAAGUUAAUCUUAAUACAUGGAUAUUUGUAGCUUUUGUGUUUUUU